AUGGCUGAGACCAAGGAGAAGAUCUGCAACUACCUCUUCGGCGUGGAGGAGUCGGCCCUCAACCUGGCCAAGCAGAUCGGCUUCUCCCGGCCAAGGAGUCAGCGCCUUCCUGGGGCCCUGGAGAAGCUGGGGGACGUCCGCAAGCAGAACACCAACCCCCCGCGCUGGGCCCUCACCCCGCGCAAGAGGGAGAGGAUACAGCUGAGGCUGAAGGGCGGCGCCGAGCCCGAGGCGCCCGAGCCGGGGCCCAGCCCCUUCCCCUCGGCCCUGCCCGGGAGGCCGCCGGCGCCGACAGCGGCCCGCGGGCCAGCGCCGGAGCGGAGCGGCCUGGAGAACGGGCGGCGGGCGCGGGGCGAGCCCCGGCCCCGGCCGGGCGGCUACGGCAGCCCCGAGGACGCCAAGUGGGCCACGGACGACAUCCCCGAGGCCCUCACAGCCUCGGGGGGCGGCAGCCCGGCGCGGCCGAGGCCCCCUGCACCCCCGCCGAGAAGCUGCUGGGCCUGCCGAGACAAGAACCCUGUCAGCGGCCUCACCGAGUACUCCCAGUUCACCUCCCAGCACUGCGAGUUCGACCUGCUGCAGCAGACUGGGCCCUCCCACGAGCCCCGGUUCAAGUUCCAGGUGGUGCUCAGCGGCCGGCGCUUCCCCCCGGCCGAGGCCGGCAGCAAGAGGUUGGCCAAGCAGGAGGCAGCAGCCAAGGCCCUGAGGAUCCUGCUGUGUGAGGCAGAGAAUGGAGGAGGAGGAGGCCAGGGCCUCUGCCCCCAGAGCCUGAAGCCUCAGCUGGCAGCAGCUCAGCUGCAGCUGCUCCCUGGGAAGCAUCCCAUCAGUGUCCUGAUGGAGUAUGGGCAGAAGUCAGGCAGCUCCAUCGAGUUCCAGCUGCUCUCCCAGGAAGGGCCCCAUGACCCCAGGUUCAGCUACUGUGUGAAGCUGGGAGACCAAAGCUUCCCUGCUGUGGUUGGCAACAGCAAGAAGGGAGCGAAGCAGAUGGCAGCAGAAGUGGCUGUGAAGAUUCUUUCUGGGGGGGCUGUGCCUCAGGUCCUGCCUGAGCAGCCUGUCCUGCAGCCCCAGGGGGACCAGGCCAGCCCAGCUCUGGGCCCACAGCUCCCCAGCCUGGAUGGGAGCAGGGCAGCAAAGCCCAAGGGUGCUGGGGACCUGCUCAAGUACCUGCACGUCAACCCUGUCAGCGGGCUGCUGGAGUACGCUCGCUCCAACGGCUUCGCCGCCGAGUUCAAGCUCAUCGACCAGUCAGGACCCCCCCACGACCCCAAGUUUGUCUACCAGGCUAAGGUUGGAGGCCGCUGGUUCCCUGCUGUCACUGCCCACAGCAAGAAGCAGGGCAAGCAGGAGGCAGCCGACGCCGCCCUCCGGGUCCUGAUCGGGGAGAGCGAGAAGAGGGAGAGGCUGGAGGGGAGCAGCAUCACUGAGCUCCCUGUGAGUGGCAGCACCCUGCACGACCAGCUGGCCAUGCUCAGCCACCAGUGCUUCAGCAGCCUCACUGCUGGCAUCCAGCACAGCCUGCUGGGGAGGAAGAUCCUGGCUGCCAUCAUCAUGAGGGAGGCAGACAAAGGCCUGGGAGUGGUGGUCAGCAUUGGAACAGGGAAUCGCUGUGUGAAGGGGGAGGAGCUGAGCCUCAAGGGGGAGACAGUCAACGACUGCCACGCAGAGAUCAUCUCCAGGAGAGGCUUUGUCAGGUUCCUCUACAGCGAGCUGCUGAAGUACCACUCCGGCAGCACUGCCCAGCAGAGCAUCUUUGAGCCAGCAGCAGGGAGGAGGCUGAGGGUGAGGAGCGGAAUCUCCUUCCACCUCUAUGUCAGCACAGCCCCCUGUGGCGAUGGAGCUCUCUUUGACAAGUCCUGCAGCGAGCACCCCCGGCUGGGGCAGCUCCAGCACCAACCUCUCUUCGAGAACCCCAAGCAGGGCAAGCUGAGGACCAAGGUGGAGAACGGGGAGGGCACCAUCCCGGUGGGCUCCAGUGACAUCGUGCCCACCUGGGAUGGCAUCCAGCACGGGGAGCGCCUGCGCACCAUGUCCUGCAGCGACAAGAUCCUGCGCUGGAACACGCUGGGCCUGCAGGGGGCGCUGCUCUCCCACUUCCUCGAGCCUGUCUACCUCAGCUCCGUCACCCUGGGGUACCUGUACAGCCAGGGGCACCUGACCCGUGCCAUCUGCCUGCCCGCCUGGCCAGGGAUGGCAGCAGGCUGCAGGAGCAGGCUCCAGGCUCCCUACCACAUCAACCACCCUGAGGCGGGCAGGGUCAGCGUCUACGACUCGGCCAGGCAGACAGGGAAGACCAAGGAGUGCUCAGUGCAACUGGUGCCUGGCUGAUGUGGCGAGGUGGAGGUCCUGGAUGGCACCAAGGGCAAGGUGGAAGGCCCCAGGCUGGAGGUCUCUCGCCUCGCCAAGAGGAAGAUCUUUGGCCUCUUCCAGCAGCUGUGUGCCCGGGGGGCCGCGGGGACCUGCGGGGGUGCCCUACGGCGAGGCCAAGGAGGCUGCCGGCCCCUACCAGCAGCCAAGCAGAGCUUCUGCGGCGCCCUGCGCGCCCUGGGCUACGGCAGCUGGGUGCAGAAGCCGCGGGAGGAGGAAGCUUCUCCCCUGCCUGAGGCCUGA